CGGUUGCGUCUUAAGUUAGACAAAAAGUUCAUUAAAAUGUCCGAAUUAACUUUUAAAGUGAUCAUAAUAGGCGAUGCCACAGUGGGAAAAACGAGCUUUGUUCAGCGUUAUGUUAACAGCCAUCCAAGAAGAGAUUACAAGCCUACAGUAGGAGGUAUGGAAGUGUUAUGUUGUUUAUUAAUUCAUAUUUCGAGAAUAAUAAUAAUAAAACUUAGCGUUUUUUAAGUGCAAGUGAAAGAAGUUUUAAUUGUAGACUUUACUUCGUACAUGUAUGAAGUUGGAAUAGUUGCAGAAUUGCCAGUCACUGUGGAUAUAAACAGUACAGUUUAGCUGAAAAAGCUCACACCUAUCGAUCACCUCGCUGUCAUAUGGACCAUGUAUAUAUACUUGGUGUAGAAACAGUAUAACCGGUUUAUACUUAAUAUAAGCUUAAACUGACGCCUUGUACUGGUGCCUUUGGUACAGAAUAUUCCUCAGUUGACUCACAACAGUUAGUAGUACAGGCGAACCUCCAUGUUCGAGCAGCUUCCAUAAGCGACGGCCAAUCCAAAACACCAAAAUUUCCCCCUGUCAAAGCGCUACAUUUAAUUGGAACCUCUGGGAGGUUCGACUGUAUUUUCCAUUGCGGUGGAUGCUUCUACAUAGAUAAUGAUUUUGUGGACAACAGGUGCCUCACUUUAAGGGAAAAGGACAUUCUUCAAAAACAUUUUUUAGAUUGAUUGAUCAUUGCGUCCCAAAGGACGCAAGCCAUCAAUAAUUAUUAUUCUGCGUCCUUGAGAAUUUUUAUGUGUCAAAGAAACAAGACGCAGGGGUAGCAAAAUUACUCAGAGAGACUGUAAAAAUCAGGGCAAUUUUUGGUAAUUUCUUUAUGGACAGCCCUCAGUGAGACCAAAAUCCAGCUGCUAUUUACAUCCCUAAACGAGACGAAGACCACCCUCAUCUCUUUUACAUGGGAGUACCCCCCAACUCUUGGGAAAGUUGCUUGUUAAGGGCAGUGGGGCAAACUUAGGGGACUACCGUAUGGAAAGGAUAGGGACGCUUGCUGUCUUGAGAUGUAAAUACAGUCAACUUUCUUUGAAGGCCAUUGAAUUUUCGUGGUAUGAUUUUUGCUUUUGACUAUUGUGUGCCACUAGCAUACAUCAUGACUUCAUGACAGAUCACGUUGUGUAAAUUAGACCCUCGACAUCCAUAUGACAGAUGUUCAUGACUUGAAAAAUGUCCUAGCUGUUUGAAACCUGUUUCAAAAUUACGCGACAAUCAUAGUCAUGAAUGAGGAAGGAAUGGCGUGUUAUGACAUUUUAAUGCAAAUUUUUGAAACUGAUGUGAGUCAGCAGGCAUAAGUAGUUGUUUGCAUGAUUUUGUGGCUCGCUCUUCAUGUUUGAACUGGAAUAAACUGUCUGAAUGUACCUUUUUCCCAUUUUCUUUGUAACCAUACCCAUAUUUCCAUAACUUACCUUUUCUAUUCAUCUCUUCCUCCUUUUCUUGCAUAAAAUGCCAACAACCAUGGCCAACAAGAUUCCGGCGUCGGCCAUUUUCGUAACAUUGCUUGCGAUAUUUCACGAUGUCUUAAGUUGUGCACGUAUGGAUGGUUGUGCACAAUGGUUGUAAGAAAAAAUCAUACCAUGUCAACUGACAUUAAGAUGGUCAACACCACUAGGACUAGCCUCUGUGGUCUGUCUUAGAGAGGUGUCUGCCCAGAGAGAGUUGGUGGUAUGCAGGGCUGUCACUAAGAGCCAGGGGCCAGGGAUUUGGUCUCACCCUAAUGGGUGAGAAAAACGAUAUUUUUACUCAUGCAGAUACAAGUAUCCAGCUUAUGGUUCUGUGAAUUUAAAAGAGUCCAAUAUAAGAAUACCUAAUGGUGCCACACUCUGUGGGUGUUUAAGGAUGGAAACGUUUUUAAAAUUGCUAGGUGACUCAAAUGAUGCCUGCUAUUAAACAACUGUUACAAAAUUAUUAACACAUGUUCAUGCAUUUUUUCAGUGGAUUUUGCAUUAAAGGUCAUUAAACUGUCUGAGGAUACUACAGUGAGACUUCAGGUGGGUAUAGAUUUGCGACAGUAGAUCAUUUUCAAACAUACAGUACUCUACAACAAAGUACAUUGUAUGUAGUUACCACCCAACAUUUAAAGUAGCCUGAGAAAAGAGACGACAUUUCGCAACACGACCAAUGGUUUCCCCGUGAAUUGAUGAUGCGAGAUCUGGGUAGUGCUUCUGAUUGGUUGAAGCAAAUUUCACGAGUGGAACAACACGACCAAUAUAUUAGAAGCACCACCCAGAUCUGGGAAGGGAUGUGUCAUCAGUAUGAAAUUUCUGCGCUUGUUUCUCAGAUGUCAGUUUGCGGGGAAACCAGUGGUGACGUCACGAAAUGUCGCCUGUUUUCUCAGGCUAACAUUUAAGUCAUAUUUAAGUAUUUUUGGAUUUUUGCAUAAAAGAAUAAUGAUCAGAUCUACCCGUACGGAACAUGCAGAUCUGCAGACUGGUCUUUUUUUCGUCUGCUCAACCGUCUUCAGCAGGCCUGCAGAUCACUUGCCUGAAAUGUCUGCAGUUAGUAUGCAGUUGGUCUGUAUUAAGUGUGCAGUUCGAUUUUAUUUAGUCACGGAAAGGUGAACACAAAAAGUGGAUCGGUUUUAAAAGUAUCCCUUCACUGUCAGUGAGCUGCAAGUGAAAAGGUGAAUGACAGACCUUUAGGUCUGCAUAUUGACUGCAGCAAAGUGAAUGGAGUAUUAGAUGUCAGCUAAAAAUAUACGAAGAAAACAACACGCUGCAAGCCAAAAGGUGACCUAAAGGUGACCUUUAUUUAAGAAUGGAACGAGGCAUCGAGAGAGUAACUUAAAAUUAUCUUUUUUAAAAAUAAAGAGAAUAACAGCGAUUGCUCUUAUACAUAAAGUUUACACGGACAGCAGGCAAAUGAUAUUUUGAUUCGUUGCAACGGGCUAAGCUGGACAUUGCUCACCUUGACGUUUUGUCCAUGAUCCACGAUCUUCUACACUUUUUUCAUGAAAGAAAUCAACCCAAUUUUACUUUGGUCGUCGUUAAAUUUUACAAAGGUCUAAGGACCGAACAUUACCACGAGCAUAUAAGAAUCUUGCAAGUGCGAAUUACCCCAUCUGAGAUUCUUGUAUCUGUGUUGCUUGCUCUGGUUCGAUUCGUCGAUACUUAGCGUAGAAGUCACUGUUCAGUGCGUUGUUUGCAAAUACGUUUGAGCUGUUCCAUCCAAAAACUUCAACAGAACUUCCAUCUCGAAACAGAACUAGAUGCAAAAACACUUAGAAUGUUUGCGCCUUUCAUUCAACGGUCGCAAAUGUUUGGGAUCCCGUGUUUGUCUAGAGAUGUAAUGGGAUCUCAUGAAAAAGGACCGACCAAUUAGAUCACGGCCUAGAAUGUCUCCAGGGAAUUAGCGAUAACAUUCCCACACUUGCCGGUCACGGAAUAAAAUUUAUUGAAAGCAUAGAAUUUGAGGGUUUAUUCAAUAAGUGAUCUUCCUUGAGCACAAGCUUACUCACAUUUCUUAGAGGUACAGUCAACGUUUUCGCGUUAUAAAAGCCGUAAUCUGUACCAAGGCUGGCGAUUCAUGUUAUUGGCGCUCAAGAAAGUCAGAUCGACCGCAGCUGAAUUGUAGCGACGUUACUGCAGCUACUUCGCAGCGUUUGAAAGUCGGCAACUGCGCUGCAAAACCGCUGCCGAGAGCUUCAAAGAACCUUCAAAGGCUGCACAGCGCUUUUGCAGCCCGCUGCAACUUGAAUGAAGCUGCUGUUUGGCUUCUAAAAGGCUGCUGAACAGCUGUAUUUUGAAGCGAUUUUGUGGCGCUGUACAGCGCCGCAAGUUUCGUGCGGGUGGUUGUCUGCACAGCGUCUGCUGCAGAUCAAGUGCAGACAUAAUAAUAGAUCCUUAUUGCAUAAUCACCAAAAGUCACGAAAGGUCUGCAACAGACUUGCUGCAAACAAGAUAAAAGGCAACACACAGUCAAAGAAGAAGUCAUUUUCAUGAGAUGUCUGUCACAGACAGUAUGCAGACUUGCAGUUUUGCGUCAAAUUGGUCUGCUGUAUGACUGAACAGACCUGUGACAGACCUGAGAAAGACCUUCGGCAGAUCUGCAAGUUACGUACGGGUACACUUUCUUCUUUACUAACGUUCCUUGAGGUUUCAAUGUAGCAUUCGAAGCUACACUGAACAUUUGUAAUGUUUAGAUAACUCCAUAGGCAGUGUAACUCUAAAGUAUGCCAUAUAUUUUUACAAAUCUCAUACCUAGAGAUCAGCACUCUCUUGCUCGGGUGACACAGAGCAAUUUGAGGAACACGCGUGAUCAGCUCAUACAGUUUGACAAUGUAUUACUGUAGUUUGUUUCUUUUUCUUGUUGUUGUUUUUCAACGAUUUUUUUUUGCUUUUUUAUGACUUGAGAGAUAUUCACACCCUGUCCCAAUUUCCAUUUGUUUACUUAUGACAUUAUUUUUAUUUUGUGUUAUUGUUUCUUUCUGUGAACUGAACAUGGCGAAGUUAUGGGAUAUUGCUGGUAGGUUAUCUAUUAUAUCUGGUCUUUAUUAUGAAUUAUCCUAGUUUGAGUUAAUUACUUUAUUUCAAAUUUCAGUGACAUGUUACUAGCAAAACAGUGAGUCCUUUGGGUUGCCUCACAAUGGAAGAGUUUUUGAACAUGCAGUUGAAAUAUUUUUUUGUGUUAGCCACACCCCUACCUUCUAAAUAAUGAAAAUCAACAGGGAAAUACCCACAGCAAGUGUUCAUAUUUAACAAAGGUGUUUGCAUUGAAAUAUUGUGUUUGUAUGUUGUUUUGUUUCCAUCGGACCAAAUAAACAGUUCGUAGUGGAGUUUCACCAUGCAGUUUUGGUAUUUCCCUGACUAAGUGAAUAUGUUAAGGCCAUUUCCGAAUUGCCCAAAGCCUCUGUUUCAAAGCAAGGCCACGUAGGUCCAAAGCCACUGAUAUAAAAACGAUUUUUUUUACUCUUACCAUGAGGUGUCCAUUUAGCGCCCAGGGCGCUUAUUUACCUUUGUUACCUCAAGGGAGGGUGCUUAUAUAUUUUAGUUAGGGUUGCUUAUUUGAGACAGGGCACUUAUUUCUUAUUUGUUCAAAACAAGAGUUUAAUAUUUACUAAAAAAGGAGCAAUGACAGAAACUGUUUUGUAACAGUAACAAAUAUAUGGUGAAUGUUCAGUUAACAUGAGGGAGUUCUAUCAUUUCUAUGCGCCAAUAGCUUUGACAGUGUCACUUACAUCAAUACCACAAAUAAAAGCUCUAUGGUGCGGUAUCUUCGAUAUCCAAUUCAUUGAGCCAAAAUUCUGCUAGUUACUUUUACAGACUCUCAUUAUUAUGGACACUGAAUCUUCCCCGCGAGGGUGUCUGCAAUAGCGGGAGUCGACUAUACUUGUUAAUGAACAAAAUUAUUCUGUCUCUGCAGGUCAAGAGCGAUUCACAUCAAUGACAAGAGUUUAUUACAAGGGGGCAGCUGCUUGUGUUAUAAUGUUUGAUCUCACUAGUCAACAUACCUUUAAUAGCACUGUAAAGUGGAAAAAAGACCUGGAUAGGAAGUGCACACUACCUAAUGGAAACACUAUCCCAUGUAUCUUGGUAGGAAAUAAAGUAAGUGCUUAGGGCAAAAUGUUGGCGUAGGGGAGGGGUAGGUGCGGGUAGUUUCCCAGAAACCUAAAGUGGUCCUAAUAAACUCAGUUUACAAGUACUCUCUGAUGAUUAGGAUCGUGUUCUGAUCAUAAAAUGUACAUCAAUAGGAGUUAUCUUACAUUGUGUCAAUGUCUUGUUUGUUUUCCCAUUGCAGGUUGUCUAGUGGCAUUUGAAAGGGAUUAAUGGUUUUGAGUUUUUCAUAAAUUUUUUGAACAUUAUUUAUGCACAUGAAUAACUGACACAAAAUUUGACAGAAUCACUUCUAAGGAGAGUGCAAUGCAAGGCAAACAAGCCAUAUACUAGCUUAUGUUAGGGUCACCAUGAACCUAAGAAGAACCAAGAUUUAAAAAAAAAUUAUUAAUACUUACCAGUAUAAUGUAUUUUAAAGUUGCUAGGGUGCUACUAGAAGUCAAAAUGUUUUCAUAUUGUAUAAUCUUAGGAAGAGAUAGGAAUUUUAGAUGAGAAAUCUGAUCUGUAUUUUUUGACAACUUUUUGAUCAUCAGAGUGACCUAGCCACAAGACCGGUUGAGAAAGAUAUAAUUGAAAAAAUGUGCAGAGAGAAUGGAUUUCUAGGUUGGACAGAAAUGUCAGUCAAAGAGGACAUCAAUGUCACUGAAACAAUGAAGUAAGGUUUAAUCUCUUAACUUUCAAAAUAUUCUUGUGAUUGUAACCAGUUUUUUUUUUUAAGUACAAAAUGAAACAUUCAUGCAUUAGUCAACAAAAAGGAGGGAACUAUCAAUGAUAUAAUAAUAAUAAUAAUAAUAAUAAUAAUAAUAAUAAUAAUAAUAAUACAGAUAGGGAAGUGUCAGCAAACAACCCUGAUAUAGUGAUCAAAGACCAUGCCAACCAGUGUUGCAAACUUACAGAUGUACACUGUAUCAGUACCAUCCAACCGAAACACCUCGACAAAAGUCAUUGAAAAGCUCUCAGAAUACAAAGAUCUUGAGAUUGAAACCAUGAGAAUGUGGGGAAUGAGGAGAGAGACUGUGCUGGUUAUUGUUGUUGCGCUGGGAUUUCUUAGAGAGGAAAUGGACCAGAAUUUAGGAAAGAUUCCUGGAGCCAGUAACAUUAAUGAGCUGCAAAAGAUCAUCCUCCUAGGAAUGGCGCACGUACUGAGAAGGUUUCUGUCCAUCAAAUGAAAAACUGCCCCGAUACCUCAGGACCAAGGAUUGACCCUGGUUCCAGGAGAGUGUAGGAAGCAAUUAAUAGCACUGAAAACAUUUGUAAUAAUAAUAAUAAUAAUAAUAAUAAUAAUAGCAAUAAUAAACCAAUCUUUAUUUAAGUAUUCAGAACAAUAAGUAAUAUUUACAAUUUUAAAUCAUGUUGUAUUGUUUACAAAUUAAAAAACUAAAUAUAUGUCCACGAUAGAAAACUAUUUACAAUUGUGAAUAAUUUAAAAGUGGGAAAAGGAAAAUCAAGCAUUACUAAGAAAAAAACCAUCAAAAAUCUAGGCCUAAAACUAUGAGUGCAGAUGUAGACCAGCUACAGCAAAAGUGAAGUCUUCUGAGACCUCACAUGAUUUGAAUGGAUAUCUGGAAACUCUGACGCAUCUGUAUAAUCAUCUAUACGCAUCUAAUAAUAAUAAUAAUAAUAAUAAUAAUAAUAAGGUGCUGUAAGGACCAUUUGGUUCAAUAUGAUGAAUUAGCACGUCGAUUAGAAUAAUAAUUAUGAAUAAUAAUUUUGAUUAUCUCACAGAAUUUCCUUUACUUUUCUGUUAUUUUCAGUUACCUUUUGCAAGAACUGUUGGACAACUAUUCAGAAGAAAAUGGUGGUCUGUCCCAGAGCCACAAAACAGGGACAGAUCAAGGAGGAUUUAUUGAACUUACCAGUCACAAAACUCCAAAGGAAAAUGUUAAAUCGGGCUGUUGUUCCUGA